GGGCGGAGCUUAUGUUUUGACAAGAGCGACUGCUGCUUCUUCUGAGUUUGUCAGCCCAGCUCCCGAAAAUAGAAGCCGUGUGUCAAUGUGACUGAAAAUACAUUUCUGUCACAGCGUAUCCACGGGAGUCACUGAUACACAGUAUCUAUAUACAGCGAGGGGAACCGCGACGACAAAAAGAUCGUGGUGUGGACACCUUAAGAGAAAGACACAGAAAGAAAGAGAGAGAAAGACUCGAGAAGAAUAAGUGGAGUACAAUGUGCUAGGGGAGUGAAGGGAGACAAACUCAGUGUUUUUCUGAUAUUCUCGGGGUGUCAGAGAGACCAAACAGGACGGCAAGAUGGGACGAAAGAAGAUCCAGAUCACGAGGAUAAUGGACGAGAGGAACCGGCAGGUUACCUUCACAAAGCGAAAGUUUGGCUUGAUGAAGAAAGCUUACGAGCUGAGUGUAUUGUGCGAUUGUGAGAUUGCCCUGAUCAUAUUCAACAGCUCGAACAAACUCUUUCAGUAUGCCAGCACCGACAUGGACAAAGUCCUGCUUAAAUACACAGAGUACAACGAGCCCCACGAGAGCAGAACCAACUCCGACAUUGUAGAGAAAUUAAGAAACAAAGGCCAUAAUGACUGUGCCAGUCCUGAUCCAGAUGACUGUUUCGGUCACAGUCCCCUCAUGGACGACCGUUUCGGCAAACUAAACGAAGAGAGUGAUUUAAUGUACAAGCGCUGUGGUCCUACAGGCCUUCCCCAGCAGAACUUCUCCAUGCAUGUGGCUGUGCCUGUGUCAAACCCCAACGCCAUGUCCUACAACCCCGGGGCCUCUUUGGGAAGUCAGAGCCUGUCAGCCGCCACUGCCUCUCUGAGUGAUGGUGCCAUGCUGUCUCCACCUCAGGGUUCCCUGCACAGAAACGUAGUGUCUGCCGGGCCCCCGCAGAGGCCCCCUAGUACAGGCAGUGCAGGUAACAUGCUGGGUAGCCCAGAGCUCACAGUGCCAAACGGCAUAGGCUCCAGCCUUGCAGGAAAUGGCUUCGUUAACCCGAGGGGCUCGCCAGGGCUUCUGGGUACACCCAGCGGGAACGGACUGGGUAAAGUCAUGCCUGCGAAGUCACCACCACCGGGGGGCAACAUGGCCAUCGGCAGCCGCAAGCCAGACUUGAGAGUCGUCAUCCCCCCAUCCAGCAAGGGCAUGAUGCCUCCCCUGUCGGAGGAGGAAGAGAUGGAGUUGAGCACCCAUAGGAUAAGCAGCUCCCAGUCGACCCAGUCUCUGGCCACACCGGUGGUCUCUGUCACCACCCCCAGUCUGCCACCACAAGGCCUGGUGUACUCAGGCAUGCCCACUGCCUACAAUACUGAAUACUCCCUGAGCAGCGCUGAGCUCUCAUCUCUUCAAGGCUUUGGCUCUCCAGGGCUCUCUAUAGGCUCAGUGUCGGCAUGGCAACAGCAUCAACUGGGCCAGGCAGCUCUCAGCUCGCUGGUAGGUGGCGGUCACUUACCUCAAGGCUCCAAUCUCUCCAACAUCAGCCACAUCAACAUCAAAUCGGAGCCCAUAUCACCCCCACGUGAGCGCGUCACCCCGUCUAGUUUCCAGCCCCAGCAGCAGCCUCCCUCCGGGCGUCUGGAUAUGGGCCGCUCACCCGUCGACAGCCUCAGCUCCUCCUGCUCAUCCUACGACGGAAGCGACCGAGAGGAUCACAGGCACGACUUUCACUCCCCACUCGGCCUGGGUCGACCCCCUGCCGGCGGGGCCGAAGAGAGGGAGAGCCCAACGGUCAAGCGCAUGCGCAUGGACACCUGGGUGACAUAAAGCUGUCUGGAGCUGACCGCCAGUCAGUCACACGCAGGGCUGGGGAAGGGAACGAAGAGAGGGGAGACAGCAGGGAGGGUCAUUAUUGUUAUUAUUCUAUUGUUAUUAUUUAACGUCAUUUCACUUUUUUGUAAGUAGGUGGAUGGUGAUUGCAGAUGUCCUUACAUAUCGAAAUUAAGCAACUUAGUGGAGAGAGAGAGAGAGAAAAAAAUCUCAAGUCAAGAAUAAAUGGUGUAAACAGGUGUUAUCAGGUACUUGAUGCAAAUUGGAUUGCGCGAGAGUCUAUGUUUAAACAAAAACAAGUCAUACUAAAACUUUCAGACACUUGUCUUAGCUGUAAAAUUGGCAAGUAUCAACAGUCAUCAAAGUUUUGGGGUGAAGGUUGUUGUGUGCUGGGCUCAUGUAUAAAACAAUGUAUCUGCACUCGCCCGUAUGAAAUAUAUCACUUAAUAAUUUAUUUAAAGAUAAUCGACAGUAGAUCAUAGAUUUGGAUCGGUUAAUAGGAGGCAAGGCUUGUAUCGAAAUUGAGAUCACAUUCCGCCUCAGUCAAGACAUUAAUCGAAUAAAAAAAAUGUCUCUAAUGUGCUUAAUCAGUUGCAAAUUUUCUAUAUAUUGGUGACAAACGGUGGUCCGGUGAAUUUGAAGACGAUAGUUGUUGUAUAUUCAUGCAGCUCCAACAACCCAAUGGUAACGCAAGCCAAAGCCUCCUCAUCAUUUUGUCGUACUGUAGGUUGGGAAGUUCAGCAUUUCUCGCUCAAUGUUUGUUUUAUAUUAGUUCUGUCAUAGUGUGCAUUGUUACAAAUGUUGGAAAAAUGAUAAACAUGCAAAGCAGAUCUUGAAACAAUAUCUAAAGCCAUGAACACUUGCUGUUCUGUUUGUAAAUUAAAGAUUUGAGCCAAACCUUUUUUUUUUUGUUAUGUACAUAGCAACUUUAAUAUAUAUCACUUUCGGUGUAAGUACGUAUGUAUUGUACCUUCACCAGAUUCAAGAAAAAAGUAUAUUUUUGUGGAUUACUGCCAUGUUUACAAGGCGAGAUCCUUAUUAAGUAGAGUAUUCACUGGUUAAUAUUUACUAUUUUGUUAACUAUACUGUACUUUCUUCAAAUUUGACUAUUAUUGGUAAUAAUCAAAGUGUUUUGUUGUUUUGUUUUUUCUUGAAAAGGUUGUUUUUGGGUCGUUUACCCUUUAAUGGUGGUGAAUGUCUGUCCUUAAGAAAUUGUAACAAAAGAGCCGUAUUCAAGCUCGACCAUCUUUUUGUUUUGUAAAACGAUGAUUGCCAUGCUAAGAAAAAUGGUUGCUUUUCUUAAACAACUGUUUUUUUGAGGGAUUAGCCUGCAGCUGCUGAAUACACUGCCUACUCUAAAACUCAACUUAGCUUAGAUGCACUAUUCAAUCAUCUUUAUUCAAACACGAAAGUUUCGAUUCAGAAACAUUCCCACAGUUUGUAAAAAAGUUAAUUUUUUAUUUCAAUCCCCCAUAUUCAAUGCUUAUCUUAUAAUAAAGAUAUUGUAAAUAUCAUAAGUAACACCUUUACAUCCAUGCAUACUAUGUACAGAACAUUUCCCCACAUAUUUUGUGAAUUGGCCUAAUGUAAAGGAAACACCGAUCGCAAUGCUCCGUAUUGCUUGACAAAAGGGGGCGCUGUAGCUCUCUCCGCUGUUGCUGUUUUGCUCUAUAUGUGCAUAUCCCUCUAUUGUAAGGCUGUGUGUUUGUGCAGCACAAAUGUCUGGUAUCAGUGGCCUCCGGUUUGCAUCACACCUCACUGACACUCAGGUGGCAAAGCGACAGGGGAUUCAGCAGCUGAUGGAAAUACUAGAAAUUGUAAAUAGACUUGGACAUGAUCUCUCCACAGGAUUGCACAAAAGUUUGUUCAAGUUCGCCAUCGGAUAAAAUGAUGCUUUCCUCUUUAGAUUUGUUAUGUAUUUGGACAAUGUGUACACACCAAUCACUUUAAGAUACCUCCCUGCCGUUAGCAACUGGCAAUAAGCUGAUAUUAAUCUAUGCAGUCCCCGACCCACACAUAGCCAGGAACACGAGACAUUCACAUUGAAACUAUCAGUGAGAUUCAUAAUAAAAAAAUACUAUAAUAUCAUAUCCCCAUUUGUCACACAAUGUUGCCUAUAGUUCAUAAAUGAAGUGCUCUUUAAUGAGCUUCUGAAAAGAAGACUGUUAACCCUUUGUCCCUAAGUGCUUACAUAUUAAGGCACACUUAAGAUGAAAAACAAGAGCCAUGCAGUCACUGCUUUACUGUAGGUAGGCCUAUAGCUUUAGAUAUAAUCUCAGACGUACGAGCUUUGUUGUCUCAGCUGAAUUUAAUAACUCGGAAACCCAUUGUGAGAAUCAUUUAAAGUUGAUCACAAUCAAAGCUUUUCAGGGUAGACAAGCAAUAAUGCUAGCCUAGUGUUAUGAAAGCACUGGGAAUAAAAAAAACUUGCAGUUUUUCAUACUGCAAUGCACACAUACAUACUCACCCACUCAACAUUAGUGCUCGAUUUGGAAUCAGGGAAUGUUUCUCUGCUACAUGCACAAUUAGAGCCUUACUCCAAAGAGUUGCUGGUGUAUCAAAUAUAUCACACAUCCCAUUUGAAAUUCAUUCAAACAACAUUAGCCUCAGUCUGAUGAAGUGCAGCUUGUCCACCAGUCCCAACAAAUGCACAGAAGAAAUACAUAAUAAUCUAAAGGGAGGAGGCUGUUCCUAUGGUGCAGAGUGAGUGCCGUGUCUGAAAUCACAAACUGUUGAAUGUGAAUGGAAGGGAUAAAGAAGAAACAACAAUUGUGUGUUGCGUACUUUCUUCACUUUGCUGUGCAAGAUUACACUGCUUUGCUUUAUGGCUUUUCUAAAACAGAAUUAUGUAUUUGGUAAUUGUUUGUAGCUAAUAGUUCACUUCAAGAAGCUGUUUGCGGUUUGAUUGCUCAAACCGUUUGGCGGCACAAGCUGGACUUUGUUGCCAUAAAUGAAACAAGAUUCGUUGUUUCAAAAAAAGGAAAAGAAAAAAUGGACAAAAAAAGUAAAAAAAAACAUGAGAGAGACCUUUAAGUUAAUCUGCAUUAUAUUUCCCUUGAAUGUGUUGUUUUCUCUUCAUUAUACAAUUAAUAUUCUAGUGAACUUUUUAUUGAAUGACUAAGAUAUUAUGCUAGAGAUUGUUGUACAAAUUUGUAUUCUGCAUUCACUAAAGUAAAGAUAUUGGCUUUUAUUGUGUAAUAUAGGUUCUCUCGCUUCUUCUGUGCUAACUGAAGUGAACAAUUCUCUGAAUUUGAGUAGACUUUGUCCACAUGUGAAAAUCCAAACAUUAGAAUCUGUCCGCUUUAUUAAAAACUUUAUUGUACCCUCAAA